CCGCGUCAUGGAAGAACUAAGUCAAACCGAUCUUGUUUACUCGCCACGGUCGUCGCUUCAACUGUGGAAUGUUUUUGUCAACUGGCUAGAUUUUUUCUACCAGUUCUUUCUUAAGAUCCUCCGUCCUUUCUCUCACCACCCUUUACCCGAUGGGUUUAAACCCUUGCCAGUCAUCGAGUUAUCGGAUAUGGCGGCGGAAUCACCCGUCACCACCAUAGAGAUCUCCUCCGGGAGAACAUCUACCGAAGGAGAAGUCAGUAACAUCCAUAGACUCACGGUAGUUCUGGACUUGGAUGAGACAUUGGUUAGUGCGUAUGAGACGUCUAGUCUACCUGAUAAUUUACGUACACAAGCUAUUGAAGCUGGAUUGAAGUGGUUUGAGCUGGAAUGCAUAUCAUCAACCAAGGAAUGCAACGGGGUGCCUAAAAUCAAUUAUGUUACGGUGUUUGAGCGUCCAGGGUUACACGAAUUCUUAGAGAAACUCAGCCAAUUUGCACAUCUUGUUAUUUUUACUGCUGGUCUUGAAGAUUAUGCAAGGCCGCUAGUGGACAAAAUAGAUACCAAGAAUGUCUUGAACGACAGGCUGUAUCGCUCUUGUACUGUCAGCACGCAAUAUCGAGAUCACGUGAAGGAUCUGUUAUGCACAUCAAAGAAUAUGUGUAGGACAGUUAUAGUUGACAACAAUCCCUACAGUUUUCUAUUACAACCUCUAAACGGGAUUCCAUGUGUUCCGUUUUCCGCUGACCAGCCACAUGAUACUCAGGUAUUUUUUAAGUCUAAUCCUAAUAAUUUUGAGUACAUUUUAUCAUCCCAUUUUCUAAUGAGAACGCACUACAUGUUGAAGCUAUUGGACAUUAUUCUUCCGCUUCUUAAGCAACUUUCAGAAGAAGAAGAUGUACGAGGAGCUCUUUACGAUAGAUUUCACAUGCCUGAAUGGUUUGAAAAGCAGGGCAUACCAAGGUCGUGCUGGACAUCAUCGCAAGUCCCUGAAUCCAGAUAGCUCGAAUCUCUAAUAGAUCACGCCAAUGGAAAGUGUGUUGAUAAACCACUAAAAAUUUUAGCUGUGUAUAUGGACAUGACUGUGUUGUUAUGUUUUUGAAUGAAAAAAAUAUAUCCAAUCCGUUCUAAUGGUCUAGAUCAGAAAGGAAUCUAUAAAAAUUUGUUUACUGGAUGCAUUA